CGCAAAUUUACAUUUUGCAGUCAUGACUGUAUUGAGUGGCAGACGGAGCUUCGCAAUUGUGCUCGUUGUAUGCGUUAGCUGCGUAUUCAUAUUCUGUGAGUACUUGAUAUAUUUUCCGGCAAUUCUGCAGUGUUCGUGGCCAGAGACGGAUCAUCCGGACAGCGGGAAGCCUGUCCCAAUUCUCCACGCGUUGUUCUUGUCGGAUACCCAUCUGCUUGGAGCUAUUAGGGGACACUGGUUCGAUAAACUUCGAAGAGAAUGGCAGAUGGAGAGAGCCUUUCAGACAGCACUGCUGCUGCUGCAGCCAGAACUGGUCUUCAUUUUGGGGGACGUCUUCGACGAGGGCAAGUGGAGUUCCACCAAGGACUGGGAUGAUGACGUCCGGCGUUUCCGUCAGAUUUUCCGCCACCCCAGUGACACAGAGCUGAUUGUCCUUGUUGGAAACCACGACAUUGGCUUCCAUUAUGAGAUGGACUCGUUUAAGCUGCAGCGCUUCGAAGAUGUCUUCAACAUCACCUCUGCCAUGAUCAUGACCAAGAAAGGGGUGAACUUUCUGUUGGUGAAUAGUGUUGCUAUGCACGGGGAUGGCUGCCCCAUCUGCCAGGCUGUGGAAAAUGAGCUCUUCCGGCUCUCUGAAGCUCUCAACUGUUCUAUGGGGAGCUUUCAGUCCAGCACCGCAAGGGAGCAUUGCCAUGAUACACAGCAGUUUCCCUCCUCACCACCCAUCAUUCUGCAGCAUUACCCUCUGUUCCGCACCAGUGAUGCAAACUGCACAGGGCAGGAUGCUGCUCCUCCAGAACAGCGACAUCUACUGUUCAAGGAGCAGUAUGACGUGCUGUCCCGGGAGGCCUCUCAGAAGUUACUCUGGUGGUUUCAGCCCCGUCUAAUCCUCAGUGGCCACACCCACAGUGCCUGUGAGGUCAUUCAUGAAAACAAGUAUCCAGAGAUCAGCGUCCCCUCUUUUAGCUGGAGGAACCGUAACAACCCCAGCUUCAUCCUGGGUACGUUCUCCUCAACCAACUUCUUCCUGUCCAAGUGUUUCCUCCCAGAGGAGAGCAGUGUCGUCGCCAUCUACUGCGCCACUGCCAUGGCCGCAAUGCUCCUCCUCCUGGCCCACUUCCACCUGUUCAAGGGCUCUCUGCAGUUCACCAGCUGCCUGAUGGGCAAGCAUAAGCCCCUCUGACCACAGAACAGUUAAACGCGUCCCCCAGUACUCCCAAAGCCAAAGCAAAGGCAAACCCUCCUGUAUAAGACACUAAAGCUGCCCACACAAACUGAUGAUAAAGGCCCAGGCAACAUCACGCUCACCUCAGAAUCCAUGUGCUGCACCAGUGUUUUGUUUGCACACACUUGGAACAUGUAAAUGUACUGUAUAUAAACAAUAAACCUUA